CUAGUAGCGGUAGCACGUUUCUGUUUUUAGGUUAUAAAAUUAUUUAAAAAAAUACGAUGUAUGUUUAAAUUUAUGUAUUUAAAAAUGUCUAUUUUAUUGGAACUAUGGGCGUUGCUGAAAUUGGUGGCGACUGUCUUCAUAUUACCAUUCUAUGGUAUGUUGGUUCUAGCGUUCCUCGCGUUUAACUACAAAGAUUAUGUAGAACAGUUCUUCCUCCUUACAAUAUUCAUUAUAAUGGUCGCUGAUGUUGCAUUUGAUAUAUUAUUAAUAUUGGCCUCUUAUAAAAAAAGCUUAUGUAUGUUCAAAGUUUAUUACGUAUAUGGAAUUCUGUACGCUGCAGCAAUCCCAAUUAUUUUCUUAUCAUGGUUGCUAUAUGCGAUACACUUACAUAACAUAGACUGGCCUAAGACUCGUGUAAAGAAGAACCUUCUAAUAACUGCAAGUAUACUCAUCAGUAUCUUAUCUAUUCACAUUUAUGCCCUGUUUACAAUUAAAAAAGUAAUUAACAAGCUACAAAUGGGAUACGAAUUCAAAUUUGUAAAACAAGUUUCGGCCUCCAGUAACUCUCUGCUGCCUUCAAAGAAAGAACAAGAGGUGUAAGCUGUCAUGGAAAAUGAUGAAAGCAUUAAAAAGGGAUAGUGUGGUAUCACAAUAUCUCGCCAUUCCAUCGG